CCUUUUGCUUUUUUUAUGAAUGAAUGCCGAGUCCCCGUGAUCCAGCCAGCCAAUGAGCAGCUCGCACCUGCACCGCCCGCAGCUCUGCAGCAACAAGAGGUCACUACGCUUGGAAACGUGGAGGAGAGAGCGCACAGCGGUGACAGUCUGCAGCAGUCUCAGCCAGGCCUGCAGUCCUCCAGUCCUCCAGUCGCACACACGGAGACAUCACAGACGGACAACGGCUCUGCGAUGCCGCUGAACAACGGCAACACCGUGGCCGUGGAGAGACGCAUGGAUCUGGCCUCGCUCUUCUGCAUGAUCGGGCGCCAUGGUCCCGCCGUGGCUCUGGCUCUUGUAGCCGUGGGCUCGCUGCUGGCGGGUUUCAUCAUCUACCGGGCCGUGAAGGGGAAGCGGAGGAAGGCCACAGCCGCCGACGGUGACGGCAAGAGCCCCGGAGACGAGAGAGACACACCGGCGAUCCAGCCGAGCUCCGUGGAGUCAACAGAUGUGAGUGAUGAAGUCUCAUCAGAUGUGAGGGAGGAUACUGAUCGGAGUCAGAGUGAUCUGAAAAUCAGGCACCGCCGUGCAGCUGAGAAGACACCUCCGCCUUAUUCCCCUCCUAGGAGUGACGUCCACAUACCAGACAACAAGCACACUACCUCAGAUGACACAGGCGAAGCGGCAGUUGAGCGGGACUCUAACAACGCAGCAGAGACGUAUGCAGACAAGGCCAAUUGGAGCCAGCAGAGUGAUACUAGCACUGUGGCUGAAAUGGUGCUGGAGCAUGCCGCUGAUUGCCAUCAGGGUGAAACUGAUGAGAUCAAGGAUGUGUUGGAAGAGGUCCAUGAUAAGGACAGCUGCUGGAAGGAACCUGAGCCGAAUAAUGAAGAGAAGGUGAAGGUGUUGAAAGCAGAAGAUGAGGAUGUGACCACAGACCUGGACGAUUCUGACAAGACAACCAGACAAGAGAAUGAAAACGUUCCGUGUGCUUUGACCAAUCUGGUCUUUUUGGAAACAAAACCUCCUAUUAGUGAAAACGAUGAUGAUGACAACGGCAAUAAUCCCCUCUCUCCAGAAGAGGAAAAGAAAAAUGGUAGUGAGGAGGCAGGAGAGGAGUGUGUGGACCAGCAGCUAAUUGACCAACAAGCUGAGAUCUGGUCCUCAACAUCUGAACAAGAAAAAAGCUGGCAGGGGCAGCGUGAUCAGGAGAUGGACAAGGUGAUGCCGCCAAUUCAUGAUAGUGAUUGGGACGAAGAUGACGGUCGGGCAGGUGAAACGAUUAAAGAAGUUGUAGAUGAAGACCAUUUAAACAGUUCAAGCGUGGCACCCAGCCAUGCUCUUCCCUGUUUGAGUGCGCCCAUAAAGGCUGUUAAUCACAAUGAAGGUCUGUCAGGUAUCACCACCGAUGCAAAAGCUCAAAUCUCAGGCAUUGCAGAGUUCCCCGACUUGUCAUCAGAUCGUCCACCCCCACAGACAGAAGAUAAAACGGCUGCAGCUUUGCAUGAAGACACACAUUCUACUACUAUUCUUGGACUUCAAAUGCCAUCACAUGAGACAGAAAAUCAGCCUGAAAAUAAUGUAAAUGGCACAGCGGGGGUGUUGGCCGAAGAACACAAUGACCAAGUGCAUGUCCUUAAUGUUAAUUCUUGCUGCGAAGACGAACAAAGUGUCCAAACCAUAAGAUGUGAAACGUUUGACACUGCUGCUUCUCAAAUAGUUGGUCCAGAUGGGGAAAACCUUACUGCCUCUGUAAUGGCUGAAGUUUUUGAAAAGGCGAGUGUUUCUGCUGAUUCUGGUACAGUUAAUGGAACUGCUUCUGUAGUGACUAAAAUAUCUUGUCCCCUGCCAUCCGCUAGCCAAAACCAACAAAGUGGCCCCAUGGAAAUUAAUGAAACUUUUGAAAAGAUGAGGGUCGAUUCCACUAAUGAAGCAGCUGCUUGCGACAAUGCUAGCUGCACUGCACUUUCAACGUCUGUAGAAAUAUCCCAUCCUGACAUAUCGUCUUUUGAGAAAUUGGAGCUUAGGGAUGACACAUCAUCUGCUGGUGUUGGUGAAGAGAGUGGGAUUUCAAGCAUGGCUGUCAGCCCUGAUGCUGGUAAUGAGUUUGAAAAUACGGUGCUUCCGGUGAUCGGGCUUUACCCAUCAACUCACUACCAGCCACCCCACAGCGAGCGCACAGGCUGGACUAAUGAUGAAUCAUCUGCAGCCAACAAGGAGAUGUUUGGUCAUGAGGUCGAGGAUCGAUACCACAGAGCGAUGGAUCAGUUCAUGGCGCAGGUUGCAGACAGCGUUACUAGCUUCACCGAUGACCUGGAAAAGCACACAGAUGUGAACGUUGUUGUAGAGGUUAAAGAGAGAGAUGCAGGAGAAAGUGCUAAAAAUGAGGAGGGAAAAAAAGCAGAGAAGGAGAUAGAAGAGGAACAUGAAAUGACUGAAAUCAGUAUCAUGGAGGCAACCAUGGACCAUAAUGAAUGGAUCAUGGACGGUAACUACCAAGCCCUUCCCUGGAUGAAUCUUUCUGCACCAUCUUUUGCCCAAAACGAUACAAAAACCAACCAGCUUCCCUCUGAAGAGUACCAACGCAGCUCUGCAGUAACCGACUCCACUUGGAUAGAUGCAACAGACAUCCCACCUUCCACUGAAGUCAAGCAAACCAGCAUUCUCUCCCUUGGCGACGAAAAUAAAAAGAUUGUUGCGGUUCAGCCCAUGCUCCAGCAUGUCGACGUGACCUUUCGCAUCCAUUAUGUCACCCAAUCGCCAUACCAGACGGUGGCUGUCACGGGGAACCAGCAGGAGCUGGGGAACUGGAAGGAAUUCAUCCCGCUAGAGAGAGCCAAGGACGGGCACUGGUCCACGGUGGUCAGCUUGCCCGCAGAGAUCCACGUGGAGUGGAAGUUUGUGGUGGUGGACAAGGGGGAGGUGUGUCGCUGGGAGGAAUGUGGCAACCGCCUCCUUGAUACGGGCAACGAAGACAACCUGCUGGUGCACAAAUGGUGGGGACGCUUGUAAGAAGUGAGGUGCAAGUAAGAUUUGAGAGUGGCGUGUACAGCAAACUUUGGUACUGGAUACUGAACCAGAUAGAAACCAAGACCCAGGGUAGAUUUAAAAAUCACACAUAGUACUCAAUUAUUAGGGGUGUGAAGCUUCACUGGUCUCACGAUAAGAUUAUGCCGUCAACAAAUUUGAAUUGAUUCAAUAUCACGAUGCGUCACCUUCUCAAUAUUGUUAUAUAUCGCUAUGGUUUUCCUUAAAGCAGUCAGGUAAAUAUGAACUCACCUUUUUAUUGCAUCUACUUAAAAAAACAAAAACUUUCUGAACGUAGCGGCGUGUGAACACCAUAGACCUAAACAACAAACAAAAAAGCAGCUACCGAAAAAAUCAACAAGCAACAUC